GUGAGGCUCGGUACAGCUUCCUGUUUGCAGCCAGUAGCUUGGUGUGGAGGAUGAGCUCAGGAAGUGGGACCAGGAGGAAAGUCAAGCCGCAGCAUUUCAGUGACAUGGUGGCGUCUGACCCCGAAACACUGAUCGAGAUUCAAGGUCUUUUCAGUAAAGUCAGAGUCUACGUGAAGCCAUCGGAAGGCGAGUGGAGUAUCCCCGAUCCGAAUGAUGCUCUCAAACACACGGUGGAGGAGCACUGUCGGCUGCAGGCCCUGAAGGUGGCUCUGAACGAUGUGAAGAACCAGCUGAGCGACAAGAACAUCCAGGUCUGGCAUCAGCACACCAACUCCACCAAUCGAGCGGGGAAGGUGAUCGCCGCCGUGCGUUCUGCUGCCAACGCCGAGAUCUGCACUCAGGCCUGGUGCAAGUUCUAUGAGAUCCUGGGAACCUUCAACCUUCUUCCAGGGGAGGCUCUUCAGAAUGGAGAGCUGAACACCGUCCACCUGUGUGAAGCUCCGGGGGCCUUUAUUGCCGCUCUGAACCACUACAACAAAACCAGCGAGGCCAUGCGCUACUGCGACUGGACCUGGGCGGCCAACACUCUCAACCCGUACCACGAGGCCAACGGGGGGAACACGACCAUCGCAGAUGACCGGUUAAUCGCCAACACGCUGCCCUGGUGGUUCUUUGGUUCGGACAACACAGGCAACAUCAUGCUCCAGAAGCACUUGCUGGAGCUGCAGCAGUUUGUGUCUAACAUGCACAGAGUGGAUUUGGUGACGGCAGACGGGAGCUUCGACUGCCAGGAGAAGCCGGACGAGCAGGAGGCGCUGGUGGCGUCGCUGCAUUACUGCGAGGUCACAGCUGCACUGCUGCUGCUGAGCCCCGGUGGCUCCUUUGUGCUGAAGAUGUUCACGUUGUACGAAGACUCCUCCAUCUGCUUGCUCUACCUGCUGAACUGCUGUUUCAGCUCUGUAAACGUUUUCAAACCCGCCACCAGCAAGGCCGGCAACUCCGAGGUUUACGUAGUGUGUCUGAACUAUGACGGCAAGGAAGCUGUGAGGCCCCUGCUCUCCAAACUCAUCCGUAAUUAUGGACCAGAGCUGGCCGACCGAGAGGCACUUUUCCCAAAUGAACUAAUUCCAGAGUCGUUUCUGAAACAGCACGAUGAGGUGUGCUCCUACUUCCACACGCUGCAGCUGGAGACCAUCACAGAAAACCUGCGACUGUUUGAAAGGAUGAGCACAGAGCAGAGGCAGCGGCUCGACCACGUCAGGGACUCUGUGGUUCAUGAAUACCUGCAGCGAUUCCAGGUGAGCUUCCUUCCACGGAGCCGAUGGGUCUCUCGUAACACUGUGAGUCCCGCCUGCUGCAGUGUCUCAGGGGGUCGACCUCCGGGGCAGAGGAAGCAAACAGGGUCCUUUAAUGAGCGGAGGGAGCUGCAGACCCUGACCUGGAGGGAGCGCAUCGAGAAGGGUAGCCAUGCCACCUGGAUACAAAGACACUGCACCGAGGCGGGUGGGACGGGCUGCGUGCUGGAAGGCCCCCAGUCCAAGUGUCACGUGGAUUCGUGGUACGUUAUUGCCGGGCCCGCGCUGCCUGCACUCAGAAACUCUCCGUUCUGUGAAGGACGGCUGUUAAACCACCUGAAUGAAGCCCUGAUAGACACAGUGGUCGACUGGACUGGUGUGCUGCCCUGUGACUCUUGCCAUGUGGUUUGUGCAGCCUCCAUCUUUGCCGGUCUUCCAGUGGACAGUGGCGGGAACAAAAAGAAGAGACAGUGCCUGGUGUUUGGCAGCCGCACAGUUUGGUGUGCACGUGAGAACCAAAUUGAGGAUUUGGGCUUAGUGUUUUCUCCGGAGCCUUCCCUUCCUCAAAGAGGCUGCAUCACGCUGCACGACGGGGAGCCGCUGUACCAGCAGCAGCUUGUCGGCUGUGUUGUGUUGUCCCUGCAGACGCUGAACUCCGGGGAUGCCCUGCUGCUGCCUGUGUUUUCUGCCCUCACACGUGUCACAGCAGCUGUUAUAUUCUGCCUGCAUGUGUGUUUUCGCUCGGUCGCAUUCAGGUGUCCGCCCCCCACCGGUGUUGUCGGGACGGUGCUCGUGUGCGUUGGCUUCUGUGCCGACGCUGCGGCUCGAAUACUGCCCGUUCUCACAGACGUGCACAACUGCAUGAGUCAGCUGUUGAGAGGAGAGGGCGGGGACAGUCCGACCUCUGGCUGGGACAGACAGGUGCUGCAGUUUGUCCCCAUGGAGGAGCUGCUCACUGGAGGACUGACAGAGUUCCUGUCGACCAUGAACUCUGAAAUCAUCCAGCAGAAGCUGCAUCUUCUCAUGCAUCACUCAUAGUGCAGGUUAUUGAACGCUGACGUGAUUUAUAUAGGACAGGUGUCAUUAAUUUUAACUGCACCACUGUCCGCGUUUAGACUAUGAAUCUUUCUCGUGUGCUGAUAUGAAAAAAGUAAUUAAACUGUUCACUCUUUUAACAAUGUUUAAAUCUCGGUGGACAGAUCAACAUUUAUGCAACAGAACCAAAGAUUUGGUCAGUUGUAUUUCACACAUAAUUUUUCCUUGUCAGAAAGUGGCAACUCCAUUUCCCACAAUGCAACUCAACUACAGACAGUUAGGUCAAAUAGCAACUCGUGUAUUUUUUCUCUGACAUUUUGCAGUGACGAAAAUAUUCUGUCUUCAUAUGAAAGGACAGACUGCACUAAACCCUAGACCAUGCAGGUAUAAGUACUGCAGGGUUUAAUCAACCAUAAUGUCAAAUAAGCUUCAAUAAAAAAACUGUAGAUGUAUAUGUAUAUUUGUACUUUGUAUAUUUGUUUACAUGUAGAUUUUAUCUUUGAUUUCUGCUUUCUAGUAUGCAGAAAAUGUUACUGAAGAGAUUUAUUUCCAUACAAGAAAACAUUUUAAUAAAAAUUUGCACUGACA